UGCUGCUGCUGGCGCUGCCCGGCAGCGGCGCGGCGGCGGCGGCGGGCGACAGCCUCAUCCUGGGCAUGCGGCUGGAGGAGAGCACGAAGCCGGCGGCGGGGGCGCCGGCCCGCGGGCCCAUCCGCGUCACGGAGGGCAGCGAGGUGCUGCUGCGCCUCUACGGGCUGGGCCUGGGGCCGCGCACGAGCGAGCGCGUGGCCUUCGCCGAGCUGCGGCCCGCCGCCAACGCCUCGGCGCCCAACGGCACCUGCCCCGAGCGCUCGCAGGACCUGCUGGUGCGGCCGGGCCCCGCCGAGGCCCGCAGCACCUCGGCCCUGCUCCGCGUCCACGUCCAGCCCCUCCGCAAGGACGAGCAGGCCAAGACCUACGUGCUCUGCACCCAGGGCCGGCCCGGCCAGCCCUGGCUGCCCCACCAGGGCCUCGACGGGCGCAUCGUGGUGCUGGAGGAGAAGAAGUCGCUGCUGCCCCUCUGGCUGCAGGUGAUCCUCAUCGCCGGGCUGCUGGUGCUCUCGGGCAUGUUCAGCGGGCUCAACCUGGGCCUCAUGGCGCUGGACCCCAUGGAGCUGCGCAUCGUGCAGAACUGCGGCACUGACAAGGAGAAGCGCUACGCCCGCAAGAUCGAGCCCAUCCGCCGCAAGGGCAACUACCUGCUCUGCUCCCUGCUGCUGGGCAACGUGCUGGUCAACACCACCCUUACCAUCCUCCUCGACGACCUCAUCGGCUCCGGUAUCGGCGCCGUCGUCGCCUCCACCAUCGGCAUCGUCAUCUUCGGCGAGAUCAUGCCCCAGGCGCUCUGCUCCCGCCACGGCCUGGCCGUGGGUGCCAACACUAUCGUGGUCACCAAGUUCUUCAUGCUGGUGACGUUCCCCCUCUCCUUCCCCAUCAGCAAGCUGCUCGACUGCAUCCUGGGCCAGGAGAUUGGCACCGUCUAUAACCGGGAGAAGCUGGUGGAGAUGCUGAAGGUGACGGAGCCCUACAACGACCUGGUGAGGGAGGAGCUCAACAUGAUCCAGGGGGCCUUGGAGCUCCGGAUCAAGACAGUGGAGGAUGUGAUGACCCCCCUGCACAACUGCUUCAUGAUCAACAGCGACGCCAUCCUGGACUUCAACACCAUGUCGGAGAUCAUGGAGAGCGGCUUCACCCGCAUCCCCGUCUACGAGGACGAGCGUUCCAACAUCAUGGACAUCCUCUACGUCAAGGACCUGGCGUUCGUCGACCCCGACGACUGUACCCCGCUCAAGACCAUCACGAAAUUUUACAACCACCCCGUGCACGUUGUCUUCCACGACACCAAGCUGGACGCCAUGCUGGAGGAGUUCAAAAAGGGGAAGUCCCACCUGGCCAUCGUGCAGAAAGUGAACAACGAGGGCGAGGGAGACCCCUUCUACGAGGUGCUGGGGCUGGUGACGCUGGAGGAUGUCAUUGAGGAGAUCAUCAAGUCGGAAAUCCUGGACGAGUCGGAUAUGUACACUGACAACCGCAACAGGAAGCGGGUGGGCAACCAGAAGAACAAGCGGGACUUCUCGGCAUUCAAAGACCCUGUCAAUGAGCUUAAGGUGAAGAUCUCCCCGCAGCUGCUGCUGGCCGCUCACCGCUUCCUCUCCACGGAGGUGACGCUCUUCACCCCCAACUUCAUCUCAGAGAAGAUCCUGUUGCGGCUGCUCAAGUAUUCCGACGUCAUUCAGGAGCUGAAGUUUGAUGAGGAGAAUAAGAAAUCCCCGCGCCACUUCCUCUACACCAAGAACAAGGCGGCCGACUACUUCAUCCUCAUCCUGCAGGGCAAGGUGGAGGUGGAGGCUGGCAAGGAAAGCAUGAAGUUUGAGGCAGGAGCCUUCUCCUAUUACGGGGUGAUGGCCCUCAGCCCGCCUCCUGCAUCUGCCCUCCCAGCCCAGCCCCGGCGCCAAUCCACAAAGCGAGGGUCAUUGUUUUCCAGGUUGACAGAGAUACGCUCGCCGUCCCACGUGAGCGGCCUGAACCGUUCGGCCUCGCUGAGCUGCCACGAGCGCUCGGACUCCACCUCUUCCCCCGUGAGCGGCAGCAACAACCAGCUCAACGUGGGCGCUGGGCCCCAGUACGUGGCCGACUUCAGCGUCCGGGCCCUCACCGAUCUGCAGUUCGUCAAGAUCACUCGGCAGGAGUACCAGAACGGCCUCAUGGCCUCCCGCAUGGACAGUUGCCCGCAGUCCCCGGACAGCAACGCCUCCAAGGUGGAAACCAGCCUGCCGGAGAAGCCCGAGCCCGCGAGCACGGACGAGACCACCAGUCUCCUGAAUGAGAGGAACUGCCUGAGCCGCAGGAGCAACCACAGCUCCCUGGAGAACUCCAUCUGACCCCGGUCCU